CCAAGGUGAUACUUUCAACUGCAGACGAUCUCAGUGUUCCUUCCAGAUCCAGAUCCAGACCUUCCACCAUGUCUUACAGCAACAGAUCUUUCAUCCAACCUUCAAGGACCUUGAGCGUCUACGGGGGUGCAGGGGGCCGCGGCACACGCAUAUCCUCAUCCUGCCAGAGCUAUGCCCCAUCCUCCGGGGGCUUCAACCUGGCUGAUGGCCUGGACCUCCACGUCGGUGCCAACGAGAAGGCCACCAUGCAGAACCUGAACGACCGUCUGUCCAGCUACCUGGAAAAGGUUCGCAAACUGGAGAAGGAGAACGAGCAACUGGAAAAGCAGAUCAGAGAGUUCUGCGAGAACAAGGUUCAUAUCACCCACGACUACACCAGCUACUUCGCCAUCAUCGAAGACCUGAAGGAAAAGAUUCGAUUUUCUUCCAGGCUGAACGCCAAGACAAUCUUGGACAUUGACAACGCAAAGCUGGCUGCUGAUGAUUUCAAAAUGAAGUAUGAGAACGAGAUGUCCAUGAGGCUGGCUGUGGAUUCGGACAUCGCUGGGCUGAAGAGGGUGCUGGAUGAGAUGAACAUGGCCAGAAUGGACCUGGAGAGUCAGUACGAGGGCCUGAAGGACGAGCUCAUCAUGCUCAAGAGGAAUCACGAAGAGGACCUGAUUCUGCUGAGGAGUCAGAUGAACGGCCAGGUCAACGUGUCCGUGGAUGCCUCUCCUUCUCAAGACAUGAACCAGGUCAUGACAGAAAUCAGGGAACACUACGAGAGCGUGAUUAGCAAGAACCGCAAGGAACUUGAGGCAUGGUACCAGAACAAGAUCACAGCGGUGGAGCAGGACGUGAUCACACACACAGAGAUUCUGGUGACAACCCGCACUGAAAUUAAGGACCUGAAGAGCUGCCUGCAGAGGCUUCAGAUUGAACUGCAGUCCCAUUUGAGCAUGAAAUCAUCUCUGGAAGGCACGCUGGCAGAGACCCAGGAACGCUACGCCGCACAGCUUGCAAGCCUCCAGAACAUGGUCACAAGUCUGGAGACUCAGCUGUCCCAGCUCUACGCCAACAUCGCCAGCAACAAGCAGGAGUACGACAUGCUGCUGGACCUCAAGACCCGGCUCGAGAUGGAAAUCGCAGAGUACAGGAGGCUGCUGGAUGGGGAGGAUGAAAGUUCAAGACAAGUGGUCACAAAGGUCAUCACAGUGGUGCAGACGGCUGUGGAUGGAAGGGUGGUCGAAAGCAGCAAGACCGUCGAUGUGGACGUGGAUGAGAUUGAGGGAUAAUCAGAAGCAUUGGCAUAACUAAAUAAAGAUCAUGCAGUUCAAUUAAA